AUGGCCAAGGGCAAGUCCAACAGGUUUAUGAACCCAGCUGACCGGGAAAGGAAGAAACAACGCGCGCAGGAACUUAAGAAGAAUAAGAAACAGCGAACUCAGGUCAGACAAGCUUUGGUAAAAGCCAGAGAUCCUGAAGAUCUGCUCAGUCAACUUAGACGUUUGGAUGAACAAGGUGGGCAUACUUUUAAUCCAGGCUUUUAUGAUUUUAGAUCUUGAUCCGAAUGGGGAAUUGUCCAAGCACGUUAUUGCCGACAAGCGAGGGAAAUGCCUAUUGGCUUAUGAACAACAAUUACAGUUAUAUCGUCAGGAAAAGGAUGAAAAUCAGGUUACACGCCUGGAGAAUAUGCUUCAAGGGUAUAAGCAAGAGCGAAGACGAAGAGAAGAACAAUAUCGUAGGUGCAUUUUGCUUUUUAGCGUAUCUUGGUUUAGAAGCAUUGAUGUUUUCCAAUGAUAUGAACUUGGGCGAGAUUCCUUUGCCUAGCGGAUCUAUGGCUCCAGAAGCUGCAUUGACUCCAUUUAUUCCGGCCCCUCCUCAGCCGCCAAGUUUCCAUACGACAACAACAAAGCUAUCAACACAAAAAGCAGACAAAAAAGAAGUGAAGAAAGCUCCUCCUGGACCUCCUUGUGGAAUUCCUCCAAACUUUGACGAAGAUAUGAAUGUAAAUAGAUCCAGGAGACACGAGUAUUUGAGGGAAACCGUUCCCGAAGCUGAGUAUGAUGAUUACGAUGUAGAUGACGAUGACAUGGGCCCUGUCCCUAUCCCUGAUGAAUUAUUACCGCCGAAACCAGCUUUCCAACCUGUUAGGUCGAUGGUUUCUGCACCUAUUAUUCCUCCAAAUAUGGCACCCCCUCCUCCACCCAUGCCCCCUGCCUUCAAUCGACCGCCGUUUGAUCCAACGAGAAGAUUUAACAAUAUUCCGCCUACAAAUUCAAAUCCGGUACGUGGUAUUUUGUAAUUUAUAGAUUUUUAGGUAUUUUCUCGACCUACUAUGCCAAUUCAAUCGACGGCUCCAGGAGAAGUUGUCAUCUCGGCGGCUCCCCAAAUGAGGAAUUUCAAGAAGGAAACUACCAAAUUUGUGCCUGCGGCGUUACAAGUUCGAAGGCCAGCAACUCAGCCAAAGUCCAAGCCAAUAUCCAGGACGCCAAUUGGGCAAAGCGGAGGGCAGAUUAUUGCUGCGCCGGCGGUUGGCGGAAAAAGCGCCGACCAAACUUGUGACGAAUUCUUACGGGAGAUAUCCGAUUUGUUGUGAGGAAUAAAGUUAAUACUUAUAUGGUUUUAUUCAAAUAAUGUUACCAAGGUAUCUAUUUAUACUGCUUUUAAAGUUUGUGGAAUUCUUAUUCUUUUUAGAAGAUGGAAACCGGAGAGAUAUUGCAAGAAAGGAUUGACAAUUUGUUUGAACUAUUAGGGCCAGAGGAAUCAGAGGUUUAUUAUCACAGUCCAUCUCCAAGUUUUCUGGAUAAAGAUAUACAAUCUCUGAUUGAUUUGACUGAGAAAUCUUUCCUACAAGUUCCCAGUUUGAGGUAAUUUAAACUUUGAUUCGGCACGCACUCCCAACCUACAUAUAAAUACUGAAAAUAUAAUUUAGAGAGGCAGUUUUAGAACUGGUAAAAGCGAUGGUUCAUGAAUGUACUAGAUAUACAUUAAUCCAAAAAACUCCAUCACUAGAACAAAAGCGACUUCAGAUGUCAGAGGGUCUGUGCAAUCUGUUCUCUCAUUUGAAUGCGCAUGUUCAGAAUAUGGAGUCCGAUGAUCUCAGGUUUUUACUGUUAUCUGUAAGUCCACAAUUUUGUCUGAAAAAUAGCGUUACAGUGGAUUCUAACUGUAUGCUCGGAACUAUCGAAGAAUUACACCGAAUCGAUGAAUAAGAAAGUCAAAGCAAGUGAGAUCACUACGAUUCUUACGGGUGCUCCUUUCAUCCGAGAUCUGGUACAACUUCUGAAUUCUAUCUUAAUGAACUUACUAGAAAAGGAUCCUCACAAAGUAAUGGACCGGCUUCUAGAUGGCUUGGCUUACGGAGUUGCCUUCGAUUGGGUUUUCCUGCAUAUUACGUUAGUUUAGUCAUCUUCCAAUUUAUGUAACUCUUUAGGAAGACAUUCCCGUUCCAACUGAUCCCUUUACUGAUGGAUCUUGGAGUUCGUGGUACGGCACAGAUUUUAGAAAGACCCGAUGCAAUGGUAAGACAAAUAUCCCUUAUUUUAAUACUUGUUGAAGGAAACUGAGGGCGUCGUCGACCAAGAUCAUUUUAUGCUGAUCUCAGAUCUCUUACUCUUUUUGUCAUCCUUCAAGACUCCAAAACUUCGCAGUUCCUUAUUGGAUCAAUUAGAGGUGCAACUAACUUUCAUCGAUUGAAAUAUUACUGUUUUUUAGGCAUUCUUCUCUGAUAAUCAGCAUGUUGCUCAUUUUGUUUUUGCAUCCAGACUUUUCAUCAAACAUUCCGAAGUAUUCGGCCUUGUAGGUGGUCUUGUUGAGCGAUUUGUUAACGAACCCAAUAUGAUCCGAGUUCUUAAAUUAGUGGACGAUCCAUUCUGGAAAAGUGUAGUCCCUGCUGGUGCCGAUAUUAAACGAAGUGUCAAAGGAAUGUUGAAGAAAACUUCCUUGAACGGACUCGUCCUUCUCUACGAAUGUCUGAUUCCAUUUUCUUUCGAUAAAGAAUACGUGAAGGAGGCAUUGCAACUUAAAGAUUCCGAAGUUGACGGCAAGAUUGGGUUGUUUAGUACUCUGAGCGUAAGUUUUGAGAAAGUUGCUUAUUAUAUGUUUUUUAGAUGGACGUUUAUUCAAUUAUAAUCCACGAAUUAAUGUACAGUAAGAAUUUGGAUAUAAAGAAUAUUGCCAGACUGAAUGAGAUCAGAGAAGAAGUUGGACUCCAAGAUAUGUUCAUUAGAAGGAUUCUAGAGGGUGGGGAAGGGUGGGUUUGUGUUGGGUUGAGUGAUUUUUUAGGUCGGAACAUUACUGUCGAUUACUUGGGGCGGUUUGUAUAAAAAGUGACAAAUCUUUUUCUGUGAAAGUUUUAUCGAAGAUGUUGUAUUCGUCUCGCAAUGAAGAUGAGGUAAGUUUUGUCACGAAUUUGACUAGUUACUUUUUAAGGUAUGGAAUGUGUGUGCAUUUAAUCGAUGCUUGACGACGCAUCAUCCUCUGGUACUGACUGAUGCCCUCAGAUGUAUCAUCAUGCAUCCCGAGCAGUUUGAACAUACUUAUGAAAGUGAUGCGAAUCUUAUCAGACAUCUUUCGAUGCUUGCCCGGGUUCAAGAUCAGGCUUUUCGGCAAGAAGAAGGUCUUCUUGCGAUGGGAUUGCAGUUCGGAUUCAUCGAUGGGAAGCUCCAAUGUUACUUGUUGGAUAUUUUAAACUCGAACAUCGCCGAGGUUACUGAUGAAGACUUUGAUCAGUUUUUGGACUUCUUUUCCACUUAUUUGAAAGGAUUGCAAUAUCUGAAACCAGUGGACUGUAGACGGUUGCCGGUUUCAACCUUAAAAGGAAUCACUGAGAGAUUGGCUACGAUUACAACAACUAUCAUCAAAUUGUUCAGUCGAAAAUGUAAGCCUUCUUUGUAAAUCAGGGAUGUGAAAUAUGUUGCUCACAAAUAAUUUUAUAGUGGGAAAAGAAAAGGCGAUGUCAGAACUCAAAUUGUUUUUGGCCUUGGCUCGAGAUUUCUUGCACAAUGAAGAACUUUUUAAUAUAAAGAAGAAGGAAACGAGGGAGAUGGUGGAGUUUGCCGACGUUCCAGAGAAGACUGUACAGGACUUUGAUGCGGAAUUUAGGGUUGAAUUGGCCGAAUUAGAACAGUGGUUCACAGAAGCAUUCUUAAAAUACUUCCUGGAGAAUGUUUUUGAUGUAAGUAAUGAAUUUUCUGUCAUGGUUCUGUAUUUAGGCAUCCCAUGAUUUAUUUGGGACAGUGAAGGGACUUUUGGAGAGUCCCGAAGCUUGCGCUUAUGUUGACACGCCAGAGAAUCUCUUUCCAUUAGAAUGUUUGGAAUCCUCAGUAACACCAAGCGAAAUAACAUUACUCGAGAAACUCAGAGCGAAGCCUCUCCAGACAAAGAGAACGGCGGAACUUGCCCAUUCUGGUGUUAUUUCGUCUGCUCAUUCCAAACCAAAGCCGAGAAAAUGGACAGAAGUGGAGGAAAAAAGAAAAGAAAUGGUCUUAUUUGUGGUCAUCAACAUCAUCGAUAAGAAAGAGAAUGUCGACAGGGAGAAAUUGAUCAAUGGAGCAGCCCAGGUAUUGACUGGAUUGUUGUGCACUGAGUCCUUGGUGGACUGGACCGGAUGGUGUCGAUGGGAAAUGGAAAGGGAGUUUGUUCCAAUGUAAGCAUUAUAAACAUAAUUAAAUUACUCUGAUUUAGCUACAACGAUGUGGCCAAGAGGCUCGAAGCCAGUCCUAUCGCGUUCAAUUUGAUGAUUUAUUUUGCGGAAGCUGGGAGUCAAGUAACCAUGUUCAACUGUAUGCCUCUGUGGAAGAGUUUUCUCUCCGUUACCAUAAACCAACUCGGUUCGACGCCGAGAAGAAACGAUCCACUUUCGGAGAAGAGUUUAGGGGACCUGGCAAGGGUAUUCUCUUUGUUGUUACUGGUAUGUCCUGACAUGUUUAUUGGUUCAUUUUUUAGAGCAAGAUUGUCGAUUCAAAGUACCGAUCGCUCUACGAAAUCAUCCGAACUCUGGGGCAUUACGACGCGUAUACUGUAUUAGUCGCCUUUUGGGAAGUGCUGUCGGUAAGAAUUCCUUUUCUUAUUUAAUAUCAGGAUAUGUAUGUAGAACCUGGUACCCAAGGAUGGAAAAGUGCUUAGAUCACUCGAAACAGGAGAGAAGACAUUGAAAGAAGUCCUUCCCAAAUUGGACGAAGGCGCGUUCUAUAAGGUCCUGGUUCCAAUUGCCCAUCAAAAUUACUCCGAAAACGCCGAAUACAUUGCCGAUCUCCUGGAUGGGUUUGAAGAAGAGGACGAGGAAUGGUGA